AUGCAUUUUGAAACUAUGACCAUUAAACUUCAGCAGUUACAAAUGUUUUUGAAUGAUAGUGUUAUGUUUUUACCUUGUUACGAUUUAUGACAGGCCCAAGACGCCUUACAAAAGCUGCAAGAUGCAAUGAUUGAGAAAAGAAAUGAGCUGAUACCCAAGGAAAAGUUUGCCUUCAAAGUGCAUAAGAAAGAGGUUUUUGUCCCAAAAGAGAAGUCAGUACUGGACUGUAUAGAUGGACUAAAAGACAAGGCAACAGCACCUGCUGUGUCUGUUUGUGGAUUUUCUAAUGUAGCCUCCCAAAAUCUGAUAAAAUUCUCAGACGAUGUAAAUACUAAAGAUGUCCUUCUCAGCAACUUGUCAGAUUGCACAGUGAAGCUGUUUGGUGUCCCAAGUACACUUCAUAUUAAAAACGUCAUAAAUUCUAAAAUAUUAUGUGGUCCCAUGUCCACGUCUGUAUUUGUGGAUGAAUGUAACGAUUGCAUUUUUGCACCUGCUUGCCAGCAACUCCGAACCGACUGUACCAAGGACACAUCUGUGUAUUUGCACAUAACAAGCAGAGCAAUUAUAGAGGACAUUCGGUUUGCAUCUUAUAGCUGGUGGUAUGAAGGACAGAAGAAAGACUUUGAAACUGCUGGCUUACAAAGAAACACAAAUAACUGGAACUGUGUGGAUGAUUUCAACUGGCUUUCACUAGAGGUACACUCGCCUAACUGGAGUGUCAUCCCUGAUGAGGAAAGGAUAAAGGCAUGA